GAGGCAUGGACCUGUUGCGCUCUAAUCGCCAAGCUGCCAGCGCAGAAAGCGAGCCUGCUCCCUGAAUGCUCAGCGUGUAUCAGCAAUCUGCUGCACCGAUGGAUUUUAAGGAGCUUGGAGACGGCUCGUCCUCCGAGGGCGACACGGAGGAUCUGGACAGCGUGAAAGCGCUCACGGAGAAGCUGAAGUUACAGACCCGCAGACCGUCCUACCUCGAGUGGCAGGAGCGCGUACAGAGCCGAGCCUGGAAGGAAAGAAAUUCCGCGGACGGUCCCGAAUCAGGAGGACAGCAAGUCGUUUCCGUGCCGGCAAUUUUGAGGAGGUCAGAACUGGUUGUGGGCAGCAUCUGUGGCUUUGACACUAUGGACGAUGCCCUGGAGCAUCUUAGAAAAGAGCUGAGGGAAAUGCAAGUUCAGGACAACCGACUGGCCCGUCAGCUGAUCCGUCUGCGGGUGGAGAUCCAUCGGCUCAAAGUGGAGCAAGUGUGCCACCGUCACAAGGAGAUGCUGGACGACGCAACGUACGAGCUGGAGGAGUGCGGAGAGGAGUCGGACCUGCUGUGUGAUAUCCCCAUGAAGGCUGCCUUUGCUCUGUCCACCCCUCUAAAACAUCUGGGCCUCACCAAGAUGAAUAUCAACUCCAGGCGUUUCUCACUGUGUUAAAGACCGCAGGCCUCACUCAUGCCACCGAGGACGCUCCGUCACCUCCUCUGUGUUUGUGUAGGCAUUAUUGUUAUAAAGGGUUAUUUCCGUUGAUGGCGCAGUGGGGCAAAAGUAAAGAUGAGCCACUAGCAGCUGUGAAUGAAAAUGAAAACGAUGAUGACUUUGAUGUGUGCCUUGGUAUGACAUGCAUGAGGAAGCCUGUGCAUACAGACCUGCAGGGGCAUACACCUUUAUCAUCACGCAGCUUCCUGCUGGAUGAAGUCUGGGCAGCUCUGCUGUUGACUGAGAGAAUUAAUGAAGACUAAGAGCUAGACUGAAGUAUACUCAGUGAACUGAGUAUAUUUUUAAUAUCAGAAACCAAGGUGAUUUGGUGAUGCAAAUUCAUAUUGAACAAAGAAGUUUAAGUGGGACAAUAACUCAUUUAUAAAUCUGUUCAUAUUCUUGGACUCUGCAGGAGUGCAGUAGAAAUUCACAUUUCAAAUAUGCCUUAUUUACCUUCUACUGAGUUCACUCCACCCACUGUUAGAAACGAGCUCCCCGAAGCCACCUUUAUUGUGAUUGGCUGCCCCUCUUGAGAAGAGGUGAGGCGAUUUUGUUAAGGUUAUCCCCUCUCAUUGAGGUCAUUAGAAAAAACUGUCGGAAACUGUGUUUGGAGCAGUCUGUGCCUGAGCUUUUGGCUCACGGGGAUUACUUUGCAUACACUGACCUCAUUAUUGGGAACUUAAUUCGUGUUUAAUAUGACUGUUCUCCAUUGUCAUGUGCCUAGAACAGAUAUAACUUAUAUAUACAGUGAUUAACACAUGCAUUAGAGCAUGCCUUCGAAAAUUACCAAACGAACUUUUAAUUUUCUGAAAUCUGUCAGCACGUGCAGGCGCUUUAAUCAAAUUCAUAUUUGCAAUGAAAAUAAAAUGAAAAAUAUAAUUAAUGUUAUCUGAGAAUUACAGUCAUUUACUUGCAUUCCUGAACAGAAGCAACAAUUUGCCUGAUAAAAAAAACAA